CUGUCGAGUAGACGGCACCAGGGCGGAUCGAUACGGCCGCAUUGUUCCCGCGGCGGCUGUGCAGCCCCCCCUCCCGCCACCGACCCGCCACUCCACGGUGUCCCUCCCCCCGCCGCCCGCGCGCCCCUCAGCCCCCCUCCCUCGCCCUGCACCCAAAACUCGCCCUAUUUGAUCCCCAACUCGGCGAAACAGUUUUUGUUGCAACGUUGCAAGGUCUAA